AUGCUUCUCUUCAACAUCUUUCUCGGAGGCGUUUUGGCCAUGCUGCAGGUAAAUGAAUUGUGCACUAAUAUAUUUUCUAUCCUUUUGUACCCACAGAUCGUUUCUGCCAGCGCGCUUCCAGGAACAUCACUUGCGGCGGCACUGGCUGGGAGAAAUGCCACAGCGUCCUCUCAGGCCGAGCGUCGGUCGACUUCCAUUGUGGAUGUUGCCACGGUGGAUUGCGAACUACAAACGGGUCUCGGAGACACCAGCCAUCACUUUGCCCAAGUGAAGUACAUCAGCGAAGGCAUUCAAUAUCUCAAAGAACCGGCGCAUUCUGGCCAUCCGAAGCUCGGUCCUGCUCUGAACGGGAAUGUUCCCUGUGACCGCGUCAGCUGCUCGUGGGAUUCGGCUAUUUUCUGGUGCAAUGAGGACCCCGAGAACUCAAAGGAGCUGCCCGGGUACGACACCAUUGCCGAGGCCACUCACAAAAUCAUGAAGGAGUGCGAGAUUUACAACGAACUUGGGUCUUACAUUCUGGGAAAUGUCCAUCUGAAGGACCAGUGGAGUGUCGUGGUUAAGUACGAUAAGUGUUAA